AUUUUUACCCCGGUUUGGUCCUUCCGUUCAAAACUGUGUGACGUGGCCUGUUACUUCACUGUUAUCAGAUGACAUGUCAUAUAGCAAUCCACGUGGAAGACCAAAAAGCCUGGGUUCCUUGGAACCCACCCAGGCGCUGGGUUUGGUGGAACCCAGCACGCUUGGGUUCGGUUCCUUGCGAACCCAGGCGCCGGGUUCGCAAGGAACCCAAGCGUGCUGGGUUCGCGUCUGGUGUUGGGUUUGCUGGGUUCGCUGGGUUCGGGUCUGGUGCUGGGUUCGCUGGGUUUGGGUCUGGUGCUGGGUUCGCUGGGUUCGUGUCUGGUGCUGGGUUCGUUGGGUUCGUGUCUGGUGCUGGGUUCGCUGGGUUCAUGUCUGGUGCUGGGUUCGCUGGGUUCGCAUCUGGUGCUGGGUUCGCUGGGUUCGCGUCUGGUGCUGGGCUCGCGUUUGGGUUCGCACCGAACCUAGCAUGCCUGGGUUUGGUGGAACCCAGCACGCUUGGGUUCGUUCCUUGCGAACCCAGGCUUCCACACUUGGGUUCGGUUCCUUGCGAACCCAGGCGCUGGGUUCGCAAGGAACCCAAGCGUGCUGGGUUCGCGUUUGGGUUCCUACAAACCCAGCACACUUGGAUGAAGAAGGCAUUACUGCAGGUGUUAGGUGUUGGGUUCGAUGUUGGGUUCGAUGUUGGGUUCGGUUUGUCAAUUUUGAAUGCUAGGUUUUUGCAGGUGUUGGGUUCAUUUGCAGGUGCUGGGUUCAUUUGCAGGUGCUGGGUUCAUUUGCAGGUGCUGGGUUCGAAAUCGAACCCAGCAAGUGUUGGGUUUGAGCAGCUGCUGCGAAAUCGAACCCAGCAAGUGUUGGGUUUGAGCAGCUGCUGAGUUCCUGCAAGUGAGGCUCUGGGUUUCGUUUCGAACCCAGCAGUUGUUGGGUCAAAUAUCUAUUGAGUUUAAUCUGUUGUGUUAUCCUUGAAUUUAAUAUUAUGAAUUAGGGUUUGCAGAAGGUUAAAGGAAAGGGAGAGGAAGAAGAAAGGGAAAAAGGAAAAACAAACAAAGAAAAAAAAAAAAGAAUAAGAAAUUUUUAAAGAUUUU